UUAAGUUUGUUGGUAGAAAAAAAUAUUUCGAGUAAAUAGAUGUUUAGCCAGAAUGAUGUCAAUGAUAUACCAGAAUCUCGAGUUCGGGAGAACAAGGUCGGGAUUUGUGGUUUAUGAUUGCUCUUUCAAUGUCUGUCAUGAACGCAUCUCAGUAAGAAAUCAUGCAAAGGGAAUGCUUAGGAAUGUCGAUGGAGGCUAUACGAGUAAAAAAUUGUGGUGCCGCGGGACAAAACUUGGCCCAUGUCCUGUGUUUUCGACAAACACUACACAAGCUUUGCUCAAUGGGGUUGCAGUAGAUCAUCCACAGACUAAAUUUUUUGAAGUGGUUGCAGAAGACAUCAAAAUGAUGAAUAAAAAUCUUCAGUUGGUUAGUUUCUUGAUUUUUAUGUUUGAAAAUCAGAUUAUGAACUUUUGCCCAUUUAUAUAUUAGCAUGCAUGACUUCCAUAAGAUUUCUAUACUUAGUUUUGCUAAUCUUUCUAAAAAUUAC